AUGAGUCUCUCCCAGGUAUCACCUUUGCCGCAAAUUAAGGACGUUGUCUUAGGAGAUACACUUGGCCAAGGCACAUUUGCCUGCGUCAAGAACGCCCAUCUUAAAAUGGAUCCCUCUAUUAUUCUAGCUAUUAAAUUUGUUCAUGUCCCCACUUGCAAAAAUAUGGGGCUCAGUGAGAAGGAUAUCACAAAGGAAGUUGUUCUACAAUCCAGAUGCUCUAAGCAUCCCAACGUUUUGAGACUUAUAGAUUGUAACGUGUCUAAAGAUUAUAUGUGGAUAAUCAUGGAAAUGGCUGAUGGUGGAGAUCUGUUUGAUAAGAUUGAGCCAGAUGUUGGGGUUGAUUCUGACGUUGCUCAAUUUUAUUUUCAACAGCUUGUGAGUGCUGUUGAUUAUCUGCACGUAGGAUGUGGUAUUGCGCAUCGUGACAUCAAACCUGAAAAUAUCUUACUGGAUAAGAAUGGAAACUUGAAACUAGCUGAUUUUGGUCUUGCCUCCCAAUUCAAAAGGAAGGAUGGUACAUUACGUGUAUCCAUGGACCAAAGGGGUUCGCCGCCUUAUAUGGCUCCUGAAGUCUUAUACUCUGAAGACGGCUAUUACGCUGAUCGAACGGACAUAUGGUCUAUUGGCAUCCUCUUAUUCGUACUAUUGACUGGCCAAACGCCCUGGGAACUGCCCUCAUUAGAGAAUGAAGACUUUGUCUUCUUUAUUGAAAAUGACGGAAAUAUAAACUGGGGGCCCUGGUCGAAGAUAGAAUUUACCCAUUUAAACCUACUUCGAAAGAUUUUGCAACCUGACCCGAUUAAGAGGGUGACAUUGAAGGCGUUGAAGCUACAUCCUUGGAUAUCACGGAGUGUUUCAUUUGCUGGGGAUGAUGGUCUCUGUAAUGACCCUGAUCUCUUGGCUAAGAAGCUGUUUUGUCACUUGAACGUUUCACUGAGUAACGAAAAUUAUCUGAAGUUCACUCAAGAUGUUAAUUCUAAUAACAGAUGCGUUUCAACUCAACCAAUUGGUAACGAGCUGGCUGAACUUGAACAUGACUCAGUACAUUUCAAGACGCUUUCAAAUACACAACGUGCAUUUACCCUACACGAUUCAAAUAUGAACGGGAAUAGUGGUACAUUCAUGACACAAGAGGCUAAGUGGACGCAAUUCAUAAGUAAUGAUAUGGCCGCUUUGCAAUUUCAUUCCGAGGAAAAUUGUCUAAAUGAUUUACUCAAGGACCGUCUGCAGUUCAAUCCGAAUAAGCUUACCAAAUUCUACACUUUGCAACCUAUGGACGUUUUGCUGCUAAAUCUGGAAAAAGCUUUGACUUUAUCACAAAUCAGAGUGAAGCCUGAUCUCUUUGCAAAUUUUGAAAAGUUGUGUGAAUUACUAGGCUACGAAAAGGUUUUCCCACUUAUUAUAAACAUCAAAACCAAAAGUGACGGAGGUUACCCACUAUCUGGUAGCAUCUCCAUAGUUAAGAUUCAAGAGGAUUUGAAAAAUGUGGGGUUUGAAAGGAAAACUGGUGAUCCCUUGGAGUGGAGAAGAUUGUUUAAGAGAAUUUCAACCAUUUGCAGAGAUAUUAUCCUUAUUCCUAAUUAA